AUGUCGCAUCCAAUGGUUGUUCUCCCCAGUAAUGGGAGUCGCCAUCUUCAUGGUAUCAAACGCAAGCAUGAUCACGGUCAUGUUCACGAGGCUAUUCCCAAAAAUACAAACGGCAGUACCACCGAUAUUCCUACGCACCAGCACAAGAAGAAGAAGAAGAAGAAGAAGAACCAUCAUCAUCAGCAUCAAGAUGCGCAGCAGAAUGGUGAGGGCGAAAAGAAGAAAAAGCAGAAGCAAAAGUCAAAACACAAUUCUCAUGAAUUGCAGCGGAAAGAAGAUACAUUGAUGAGUGGAGGCCUAGGAGAGAUAAGCGCGGAAUUGGGAGAACCAAUCUUACCUCCUGCUCGCAAUUCCAAACAGUCGAUAGCUACAAUGCCCAAAGCCAUGAAGGAAAAGCAUGGAAAUGCAAGUGAAAGCAAGAAAAAGAAGAGCAAAUCAAAGAGUCUAAAGGCUGUACAUUUUGAAGGACUGAGCAAUGGCCAUACUCAAAGUAGUGGAGAGAAUGCGGAAACUGAGGGAGUCAGGAUGAAUGGCGAUUCGGCUCAGCGAAUGACAUCGAUCUUACCCGUUCGAUCUCACACUCCAAUUUUACCACUGACCUCCAGCCCGAUACUUCCUCCCACACGUCCAAGAGGAUACUCAAGUAACGGACAGACACCCAUUCUCCCACCAGCUUCUCCAAGUCGUUUGAAUCUUCUCCGCGUAUCUCCCAUAGCUUCAACUCCAAUUUUACCACCAACGUCACCUUUCAGAAAGAGGCGUGGCUCUACCGGCAACGCUUUUUCUCAACCACCACCAACCUUUUCGGUAGAGUCCCCUUUCUUGCAAGCUAGUUUACCGGCGUCCAGCAAAUCGGCUGAGCAUAAGCGUAAGGAUGAUGAUUGGGAGUUCAACACUGGCAAAAUUCGUGCAAUAGUCGGUAAUCCAAUGGAAAAGGAUGCACAGCGUGAAGAGAACAUCGCAUUCUCGUCCGACUAUAUCCGAUCACCAAUGCGCCAAUCGCAAGGUAUCAAUGUGGCGGGCGUCAAUUUCAACAUCGUUCAUCUUAAAAACCGUGGAACUAUAGUCUUGAAGGACAAGAAUAGCGGACUUCAAGUCUGUUCAGUGGCUCAAGGUAGCAUAUGGGUGUCCCUUGCAACUGAAAAAUUUCGCAUAUCUAAAGGUGGCAUGUGGCGUGUUAGAGAAGGCGAGAAAUGCUCGGUCAAAAGUCAAGACGGUCAUGAGUGUAUCCUACACAUGACCUCGAUUCCAAGUGCGUCUGCAUCGAUUUGA